AUGAACAGGGACAAGGUUCAGGUGGGUGACGUCUCCAUUGUUCCGCCUGCUCCCGGUGUGGCAGCCCAGACAGCGGUAGUCGUGGUGGCCAUUCCGGAAAGCAUGGACGGUCAUGGGGAGAAGCGGCUUUCUGCCAACGAGCUGUCGGUCUUCUCCUGCCCCGGGGGCAGAGACAGGCUUCCGGGCGACAGUCGAGACAACUCGCCCAGACAAGAGCCGGCUGUGGUCGCUCCACCGACCGUUCACCGGACCACUUCCUUUUCAGUUUUGGACAUUUUGGACCCAAACAAGUUUACUAGUAAAAAACAACCCCCGAACAGGACAAGCAACGACUACUCCAUUGGAGCAGAGAACAGAGGGGGAGAAGACUCCACUCUAGCGAUAGAUCAGAAAAAUUACGCGGAAGACUAUGACACUUGUAAAAAAUCGGCAGGAUUACUAAAGGACGCGUUCGUGUACAAAUCAGACGAAUGUGAGAAUGAUUUCAGCAGGAGCACUCACACCGACAGCGAAAUCCAGGACGAGCUGUGUAGUGAGGAGAGCAGUAGCGCUCUAGGCGGCAAUGGGGACCCGGAACUGGGUCACCAUGAGGAAGACGACCCGGUAACCCGGAGCUCCAGCCCUGGUAGUCAGCAAACGCAGCAGUCCGGGCAGAAUGGGCAGACUCAGCAAGCCAAGGCAAAAAGAAAGCGCUCUGGUUCGGAUUCCAAGUCGGGUAAGCCCCGAAGGGCUCGGACAGCCUUCACAUAUGAGCAACUCGUGGCACUGGAGAACAAAUUCAAGUCCACUCGAUACCUGUCCGUCUGUGAGCGGCUCAACUUGGCCCUGUCCCUCAGUUUGACAGAGACCCAAGUGAAGAUCUGGUUCCAGAACCGACGAACCAAGUGGAAGAAACAGAACCCAGGCGCUGACACAAGCGCCCCAACGGGCAGUGGUGGAGGUCCGAACGCAUCGAGUAAUGUAGGAGGCCUUAGCCCGCUGAGUCCGUCUCCGCCCAUGAGUGGCCAUCUGUCAAUGCACACAAGCUACCCAGGUCACACACCCGGUGGACUGGUCUGCACAACCCAAUUACCCUUUCUGCCAAGUCACGCGGUGCUGUCACCUUUCAUGCUGGGAUCUCAGACUUACGGAGCGCCGGCAUUUUACACUCCGCACUUGUAA